AUGUUGCUCUCCAAAGGUAUUACCCCUAAUGUUACAACUUUAAAUUCUUUGAUUUCUAGGGUUUGUAAAAUUCGUGGAGUGGAUGCUGGGUAUGAAAUUUACCGUGAGUUUUUUAGGUUAGAUGUGGAAAAAUGUGAAAUUCCGAAAAGGGGUUCUGGUUUUAGAGUAGUUACCCCUAAUGUGCAUACUUAUAAUACAUUGAUGUUGUGUUGUUAUCAAGAUGGUUUGCUGGAGAAGGUUGAGGAAAUUUGGAAUGAAAUGGGUCAAAUUAGUUGUGUUCCCAAUGCUUAUAGCUAUAGUUUAUUGAUGGCUGCGUUUUGUGAGGGAGGUAAAAUUGGAGAUGCUGAUGAGUUGUGGAAGGAAAUGAGAAAGGAGGGAAUGGAGCCUGAUGUGAUUAGUUAUAACACUAUGAUUGGUGGGUUUUGUAAGGUUGGUGAUGUUGGAAGAGCUGAGGAUUUUUUCAGAGAAAUGGGACUGGCCGGUAUUGAUGCCACUGGUUCAACUUAUGAGCAUCUUGUUAAGGGGUAUUGUAAAAUUGGGGAUGUUGAUUCGGCUGUUCUUGUUUAUAAGGAUAUGUGUAGGAAGGCUUUUAGGCCUGAUGCAUUGACACUUGACAUGAUGGUUAGGUUGCUUUGUGAUAAGGGUAGAGUUGAGGAAGCUAUUGAGUUUUUCAGGAGUGGAGUUGGUAAGUUUGAUUUAGUUCCAAAGGAGAAGAGUUAUGAGACCUUGAUUAAGGGGUUGUGUUUUGAGGGGAGGAUGGAAGAAGCAUUGAAGCUUCAGGCUGAGAUGGUAGGAAAAGGGUUUCAACCGAAAUCUGAAAUAUAUGAAGCUUUUAUUGAUGGGUACAUUAGACAAGGGAAUGAGGAAAUGGCAGAAGCUUUGAGGAAAGAAAUGUUGCAAACUCAGAUGCAGAGCUAA